UUAACCGACAGCCGACAGCCGACAGCCGAUAGCCAAUACGCCGACAGCCGAAUUGAGGUAGAAAAUCUUUCGCAUGCAUAUCAGACACGGCGUGCGCUCGACAGUGUCAGUUUUCACGUCUCAUGCGGCGAGAUUUUUGGACUCCUCGGACCGAACGGUAGUGGAAAAACGACUCUCUUUAGAAUCCUAUCCACACUGAUGCCGGUCACCUCCGGAACCGUUCGUGUCCUCGGACACGACUUAACCACCGAGGUGAAAGCAGUUCGGAGUCUCUUGGGGGUUGUUUUCCAACACCCAGGGCUGGAUGGCAAACUCACCGUUGUCGAGAAUUUGCGGCACCAUGGACACCUCUAUGGGCUUGCUGGCAAAACCCUGCGUUACCGAAUUUCGGAACUUCUCGAACGUUUUGGAGUCGCCGACAGAGCGAAGGAACGUGUUGAACGCUUAUCCGGUGGUUUACAAAGACGGGUUGAAAUCGCGAAAGCCAUGCUCCAUUCCCCCCGUGUUCUACUCCUUGACGAACCGACAAGCGGAUUGGAUGUAGCGGCACGCCGGCAACUCAAUGACUAUCUCCGGGCACUCGCGGAUACAGAGAAUAUUCUCGUUCUGCUGACAACGCACCUACUCGAUGAUGCCGAGGCGUGCGACAGAAUAGGUAUUCUGGAUGUGGGCAAAUUGGUCGCCCUUGGAGAGCCUGAUGAACUCAAGGCACAAGUCAGUGGCGAUGUUAUCCUCAUAGAGUGCAUAGACAACGAAGUCCUCUGCACCGAAAUUGCUAAGAAAUUCGGCGUUUCGUCGGUGUUGGCGGGUAAUCUGAUUCGUGUUGAGUGUGAACGGGGACAUGAGUUCGUCCAGGACAUAGUUGCCGCGUUUCCAGAUGAGAUUCAAUCGGUUCGAUUUGGGAAACCGACACUGGAGGAUGUGUUCAUAAAAUUGACGGGAAAUCCGUUAUUUAAUUUUUCCUUGCGGUUAAAUGACCGGUAA